AUGUCCUUUUUCAAGAAACUCGCCGAUUUGGGCGACGAUCUCGCCCGUGACCUGAACAAGUUGGGUCUUGGGAAGGACAAGGACAAGCACAAGGAUGAGGCUCCUCCCCACAGGGAUUACCAAGGUUACUACCCUCCCCCUCAGCAACAGCAAUAUCCCCCUCCCCAAGACUCCUACCCCCUUCCUCAAGGCGGCUACGGCCAGCCAGCGCCUCAGCCUUACCCUGGCCAGUACGGCCAGUACCCCCCCCCUCAGCAGCCCUACGGCCAGCCCGCGGAUUACCAGCAGCCUCCUCCCCAAGGAGGGUACUACCCCCCUCCGCAGCAGCCCGCUUACUCCGGCUACGCCCCCCUCCCACUCAUCAACAAUCUGACUAUGGUGCCCCUCCCUUGCAGCAGCAGCGUUACGGCUCAUACCCCCCUCCCGGAUCUGUGGGACGAUUACUAUCAGCGCUGGUUCUAUGUUGAGGAGGCGACGGGACGGUCGCAGUGGGAAGCACCUGGGUAUGAGCAUGCUGCUGCUGCUGGCUAUGGAGGGGAUACACGUGGGCAUGGGUCGGAGCAGUAUGGAUAUGGUGGUUACGCGGUGCCGUAUGGGGGUCAUGGCGGGUAUAAAGGGGAGUACGGGCAUGAGGGGGAGUACAUGGAGGAGAAGAAAAAGAAGAAGAUGAGUAAGGGGAAGAUUUUGGGCGCUGCGGCGGCUGGUGUGGCUGUUGGUGCUAUUGCGGGCGCGGUUAUUGCGCACGAAAUUGCCGAAGGAGACUCUAGCGACUCUGACCAUGAAGACGGUCAUCAUUACGCCCCUCCUCCCCCUCCUCCCCCGGUCGACCAUGACUCCUCCGACUCUGAAUCUGAUCACGGCUAUUACCCUCCUCCUCCCCCUCCCCCUCCUGUGGAGUAUGACCGUGAAUCCAUCAGCAGCAGCGAGGCCUCCGACCUCGAGGAAGCCCGCAAGGAGUACGAGGAGAGCGUGCGGAAAGCAGAAGAGAAGUACCAGGAGCGGCUGGAAGAGAUUGCGAGUAGCAGUGUGAGCAGCAGUGAUCGGGAAGAGUUGGAGGAGGCUCGGAAGGAGUAUUACGAGGAGUUGGAGGAGGCGAGAGAGGAUUAUGAGGAGGCUUAUGAGGAGGCGUAUGAGGAUUAA